UACCUUUUGUUAUGAAAAAAUGUAUGCUAUUUUCUUGUGCAUGAUCGGUCCUAUAGGACAUGGAUCAAAUGCUCAUGAAAAAUGAAACGGCAUUUUCUCCUUCAGGCAUUGAUGUUCUUCAUCAUCAUUAAAGAACUUCCGUGUUCCACGCCUCGCAACCAGUGUCCGUACAAGCUAAUCAAUGGAUGCACCACCGUGACUGUGGUCAAGCCUGGUUGUAGAUAUAACUAUGUGUACCCACAGAAGACAUAUACAGCGGCUAUCAACAUCAAAUCGUGUGUUCAAAGAAAUCUGCUCCGGAUAUAUUGGACUGUUCGGAACAAUGGCAAAAGGUUUUUCCUAUUUCAGUGCAGGCAGAGAUUGAAGUGUUCUCUUCAGGACAAUAAGAUCAACGGAAGUUUCUUCGUGAUGGAAGCUCAAUUAUUUAUUUUGAACACUGCUGGGACGAAGAAACUGCAAUCAAUUUUGGUGCCGAUUUCGUUUUCUAAAAUGUCACUCACAACUGUAAAAGAUCUUGUCAAUCGUAAGCUAAUGAAAGUUACAGACGCAUUGAGAAUGUUUGAGUACAUGUUGCCUACCCUAAACAGUAAAUCGAGCAACAGCGUUGUCGUCAGAAACGAGUUAAUAUCCAGAAUCCGAAUCUAUCUCCAAAAUCAGUCUGUUGACAGCACGACUCGGAAUACAAAGCCAGGAGCAUGGAUACCCAUUGGAAGGCCGAAUAACUCAUCAAACGUCUCCGUUCUCGUGGUUCCUUCAGCAGCUCAAACACCCGGUGAUGCUAUCAGUAACGGCAUCAAGGCGCUGCUUACUAAAGAGAACUUUACAGAGGCACACUUGGCAAAGCUAACACAAAUCGUCCGUUUGAUGGCAGCAAGCAUCAUGGGUCAAGUAGAGUCUAAUCCUAGCUAUAACAAAGAAAAGAUCAAUUCUCAGAUCCAGAACAGGACCAUUCAAAUCUGGGAGCUUCUCAAGAAAAUGAAUAAAACAGCGCACAAAACCCAUCCCAAAAUGUUUACGGAAGCUCAUUGGUCGGAGUGGGGAAACUGGAGCCCCUGUUCCAAGAAUUGUAAGGGGAAGACAUUCAGCACGCGUAGUAGAACAUGUUUUGUAAAUGAAGAUACAUAUAAACCGUGCAAAGGUCAUAGUUCAGAGGUGAAGAAAUGCCCAUGUCUCGAGGAAGUGCUUCUUCCUAAACCAAAACCAACUGGACCAAGUGUCAUACAUGGACAGUGGACACCCUGGGGAAGCUGGUCCCAGUGUUCAGUAACGUGUGGUCUUGGUAAUGAACAGAGCUACAGAAAAUGUCACUCAAACCGGCGAGAGUUCACGCACGGGAAAACAAUUAUAAAGUGUAAAGGAAGUCGCAAAAAGACCCGUGCCUGUAUUAUGGCGGCAUGUGAAGGAACAACCGAAGCGGAGUACAAGAUUUUUCAAGGAAACAACGCCAGUUUGAGUUGUAAGUCUUUGGAUCGGUCAGUACACAAGUCCAUGUAUUGGGUAGGUCCCCGUGGCAAGCGAUACAAGGCUGGAAAGAAAAUAGGAAGAAUAUCUGUUACCAAGGAUGGAAAGCUUCACAUAAAACGAGCGUUAGUUGGUGAUGAGGGGACUUAUUACUGCAUUAUUCCAGUAUUGAAUAGGAAUAUCGUAGGAAAUGCACAAAUCACGAUUCUGACUUGCCAGGAUGAUCCUUGUAUGAACAGAGGAACAUGUAUUGAAAGAAAAUAUGAAAUAAUCAGCAAACCAAGCUCGUUUGUCUGUCUUUGUACUUCUGGUUAUUAUGGCACAUUCUGUCAAAAAGCGUCAAAGAAGCUACGAUCCUUUAUGAUUAUAGUUCCAGUAUGUGCAGGGCUAGUUUUAAUGCUCUGUAUUAUCACAAUGGCUGCGAUACGUUUGAGGAAAACAAAGAAAGACUGCUUGAAAGAAAAUGCCCCCAAGUGGAAUAAAAAAGAUAGAAUAAAGCCAUCAUACAGGAGGGAAAAUUCAAAGCGAAGUAAAAAGCUCAGUAAAGAAGUCAUCAAUGAAGACAAGAGUAAAAUUAACAAAAGUGUUGUUAGCGGAGAUGAUUCCUUACAAGAAAUAGAGGAAAAAGACAUUGAACACAUUUUGUCCCCACAGAAAUCAAGAAAAGCCAAUGUAUCUUACAAAAGGCAAUCAGUGCGAGACCCAGUACAGAAAAAAAUAUUUGUAAAGACCAACCCUGGAAAGGAUAAAGUAUAUCCAUCCACUCCAGAGGAACUCCAGAACUGGUACACUAGCCCACAGGCUAAUGCUGAGUUCUACAAUAGUCCCAUGGACAUUAACGUUUAUGAAAAUGUUUCUUCAACUGAAGCUGCAAGAAAAGAACCAGUGUAUGAAAAUUUGCCUUAUAAACUUCCCAACACUGCAAACCAGAAAGACUUGAAAAUGAAACCUGUUCUGUCAAUGAAAAUGGAUGACAAGGAAUAUGAGGAUAUGUAUCUGCCUUUUGCUGAAGGGAAUCAGAUGCAGUAUCCAAAUAUGAGGGACUUCACUUUGAUUCAUAAAUCUUUGACUCCCUCAAGAAAAACUCGCUCAUAUCCAAAUGAUGAUAUACAAUUUUCUGAUGAUAGGAAUCGAAGUAAUAUGCUUGAUGAGCCCUUUUUUCAGGAAAAAAAUGUGAGCAAUAUAAACACAGAAACAGGAAAAUAUUGCCACCCAUCAGACAUCUGUGGCAGAAAAUCUCUAAGGCUUAAUCUUAGAAAUGUGAUUCAAAGUAUUAGCCAGGACGAUAUUUUGGAACCAAGUCAUUCUGAGAACUUAAACAGUGGUCUUAAAUAUCACCGUUAUCAACCAAAAGGCAAGAGUAGUAGUGCAACAGAAGAAAGGGAACCUGAUUAUGUGUUUAAUUUUUAUAAUUCUGGAGGCGAAUCCACUGGAACAAAGAAUGAAGAGAUUAGCCCUAUAGUAGAGGACAGGACAAAAAGAAUGGUUUACAUUCAGGAUAUGUCAAAGUCAAAAGCUGCCAGAGAUCAUUAUACCCGAGAAAUAAGAGAAAAGACAUCAACACCAUUAUUGAAGCAAGGCAAAGAUGACGCAGUUGUAAUACAGAGACAAGAUUUCCAGCAGUUUCAAAAGAAUGUGUAUGCUGUCCCUUCAUCCAAACGUUUGCAGUCAUCAUCAUUGUCUUUGUCAGAUACACAGAUGAGAAAAGCAAUUGGAAGAGUUGAACUGAAAGAAAAGGUUGUUCUCAAUCAAAAAGGUAGUAAGAGUUUUACAGAAGAAAACAGCGACGAUGAGCAUGAUAUAGUUUACCAUCGAAAAUACCUAAAGAAAAAGAAUAGACAGGAAAGUAUGAUUGACGAUGAAGCAGAUAAAAUCGCCUCCCUAAGAUCAGCAGAGAGGUUCAAACAGUACCACCGUGCUAUAGAGGACAAUUUACAUGGUAGUGAUCGUGUUGAAAAAGAUCAACAGCCACACACAGCUUCAAAGCAGGAACUUGCAGUUGGAGACACCAGAGGAAGCAUCUCAACACCAUCACAGAACCAGAGCACAGGAGAUGAAGAUAGAAAAUUGGAUCAGAGUGAUGACAUUAGACAGUUUCAGCACAGUAUUACAUCAGUCAAUUCAUCUAAAGAUCUGCAGUCACCAGCAAUGAGAAACAGGUCGUCUUCACUAGAUAUGAGAAAUGCGCUUCAGAGUGAAGACUUUGAUGAUGAAGUUAUUUUCAACAAUCACAAAAGUAAGUGCUUCACUCAGGAGGAAGAUGAUGACGAACAGGAGAUAAUUUACCACAGGAAGUGCUUGGUAAAAUCGAGUAAACCUGAAAAUAAGAUUGAUUAUGAGGCUACCAAGAUUGAAUUGAAAAAAGCUUUAAACCAACCAAGGAAACCCAACGGAAAUGAAGAGGAAAAGCGGUCUGGCCAAAUCCAAUCACAAUCAACAAUAAAAAAUGUUUCUAAUGAGAAUAGCACCGACUCGGUGAAUUCUGAUGAGACUAAUUCUAGCACAAUGUCCGUGAAUUUUCAGAAAUCUCUGGAAAAUGACAGUAACAACACGGAGGAGUAUCAUACACCAGAAGCCAAAACUAAACUUCAAACUGAGAACAGUACAGAAAAACAUGACCAAAGAGAUUCCACACCUACAAAUAGUGAAGUAUAUCAAGAAGAACAGUCAUCCUCACAGUUUAAUGAAACUUCAGAGUUGAUUGAACAGUUGUCACCUAGAUCUCGUAUGUGUCUACACCAUUAUCAAAUGGUGUAUGGCACGAUGGGAUACAAAAGUCCAAAAUCUAAUACAGAUGAAGAAUCCCCCUAAAAGGUAGAUAUUAGACUACAAAGAAUAUUGUUUUAAAUUAUUUCUUAUUGACAUAGUUAUAGAAAUAUGAGUAUUACAAAUAUCUACUUUACGCUAGGACAGCAUAGUUAUACAAGAGUUCAAAUAGUAACAAUAAAAAUAAUAUGAUUGAAAUCGAGGUGUAUGAUUUAAAAAAAGAUGUUGAAGCAACUGAUGAAAUUUUUUGUUUUAAUUUUUUUUCAAAACGAUGUUUCUUAUGCGAAAUGAAAUUUGAGCCAGGAAAUUAUCAAAAAAAAAAGAAAAAAAAACUUGGAGUAAGAUAAAUCUUUAGUGGUUCAGUAAUUAAUUCCAUGAGGCUGAUUGAUUGUACUCUUACAAUAUGAUUUUCUCUAUACAUGUAUCAAUAUAUUAAUGCUGAAAUUCAUUUUGUGCAUCUAUGAACAUUCAUUUCUAAAUGGGAUGCCAGUGAUGACUGAAAUAGUUGUAUUACUAGUACAUGUAUAGUAUAAAUACUGCCAUGUAAAAUAGCUAUUACCUUAAAAGCUUAGUGCAUUCUUUGAUAGUAAUUGAAUUAAUCUAAUUGCAUUUUACUGUUUAUAUUUUUGAAUAAAAAGAUAUGCGGUUGUAAUUUAA